AUGUCUGUUAGAUUGACUAUUAUCCCAAACUCGGAGCAUGGAGUUGUGGCACAUUUGCGUGAGAUGGGGUUUGAGUAUUACCUAUCAUCAGAAGUUCCAAAGUUGGUUGGUGGGAAAAUCGAAGAGUGUUUGAAUAAAGGGUUUGAGGGCAUUGGGGUUAAUGGUGAUUGGAACUCGUUGUUCUUUAGCGUUCAUCCUGGGGGUCCUGCAAUUCUGGACAAGGUUGAAGAAGAGCUGGGUUUGAAGGAGGGGAAGCUGAAGGCAACAAGGCAUGUGCUGAGUGAGUUUGGGAAUAUGGGAGCUCCAUCUGUGCUUUUUAUUUUGGAUGAGAUAAGGAAGAAGUCAAUGGAGGAAGCAAAAGCCACAACUGGUGAAGGUUUGGAAUGGGGUGUGUUAAUUGGGAUCGGGCCAGGACUCACUGUGGAGACUGUUGUGCUCCGCAGUGCUCCCACUGCUAUUUGA